AUGGCUAUAAGCCGACUGGAAUGCCUGGAGAAGAAACUGUCACGAGAACCGAAGCUUAAGGAGAUCGUUCAGGAGCAGUUGACUGCAUACCAAACAAAAGGCUACGCCCAUCUCGCUUCAAAGGAGGAACUACUCAAUGCGGACCUGAAACGAGUCUGGUAUCUGCCACUAGGACUGGUGACGAAUCCUCGGAAGCCAGGCAAAGUGCGAAUAAUUUGGGAUGCAGCGGCGAAGGUCAGCGGAAUUUCUCUCAAUACGGCGCUUCUGAAAGGUCCCGAUCAACUGACUUCGUUACCAGCGGUCCUGUUACGUUUCCGCCAGUUCAAAGUUGGAGUUACCGCAGACAUCAAAGAGAUGUUCCAUCAAAUCUCUAUACGCAAAGAAGAUCGCCAUUCUCAGCGAUUCCUCUGGCGUUCGGAUCCUUCACACCGUCCGGAGAUCUUCUUGAUGGAUGUGGCGACGUUUGGAUCAACGUGUUCACCCGCAUCAGCGCAAUUUGUGAAAAACAAAAACGCUGAAGAGUUUCGGGAACAAUAUCCUCGCGCCGUGGAGGGCAUAAUUGAAAACCAUUAUGUGGACGACUGCUUGGAGAGUUUUGAGAGCGCUGAAGAAGCCUUGCGCGUCAGUCGAGAAAUGCGCAUGAUACACGAUGAAGGAGGCUUCGAACUGAGAAGCUGGCAUUCGAACAGUGCAGAAGUGCUAAAUGGCUUAGGCGAAACCAAAUCAGCUGAAACGAAGACCAUCGUUCAAGGCGGUGGAUUCGAGCGCGUACUAGGACUACUGUGGAGUACGGAAGCAGAUGAACUUCACUUCUCUGCAACGAUGACGAACGAGAUCCAGAACUUGGUGGAAGGCAACCAACGUCCAACUAAAAGACAGAUGCUGAAAUGCCUAAUGGGUUUCUUUGACCCACUGGGACUUAUGAGUUUCUUCCAUAUCCAUGGUAAGAUGCUUCUGCAAGACGUCUGGCGAUCGGGAAUCGAGUGGGAUGAUGUGGUCAGCGAUAGUAUCUUUGAGCGUUGGCUGAAAUGGACAAGACUCUUCAGCGAAGUUAGCGUAGUGCGCAUACCCAGGUGUUACUUCCACGAAGCGACCCUAGAACACUAUGAUGGACUACAGCUGCACGUUUUUGUGGAUGCUAGCGAGGUAGCUUACUCCGCAGCUGCUUAUUUUCGAAUAGUGAAUCCUCACGGUGUAGGCGAAUGUGCGUUGGUCGCUGCGAAGGCGAAAGUAGCUCCAUUGAAGCCCCUCUCAGUGCCUAGGAUGGAAUUGCAAGCAGCUGUUUUGGGAUCGCGGUUGAUGAAAUUCGUGGAAGAAGCUCAUAGUCUCACCAUAGCGCCAAGGUACUUGUGGACCGAUUCGGCUACUGUGCUGUCGUGGCUUCGAGCGGAUCAUCGCAGGUAUAAGCAGUUCGUGGCCUGUCGUAUUGGAGAGUUACUUACCACAACGGAUGUCGGCGACUGGCGAUGGGUGCCCUCGAUAUUUAACCCUGCUGAUGCCGCAACCAAGUGGGGUAAAGGCCCAAAAUUGACAACGGACAGUAUGUGGUUCAAAAGUCCAGAAUUCUUAUGCGAACCGGAGACAAGUUGGCCUGUUCAAAGAAUUCGUUCCGUGGACACGGAAGAAGAGUUGCGCCCUUGCUAUGCGCACCGCGGAAUUAUCCUGCCAACGCUGAUAAUCGAUUUGGAUCGAUUUUCAAAGCUUUCUCGGGCGGUGAGGACCAUGGGCCACGUGCAUAGAUUUCUGGGGAACCUGAAACGGAAGCGACUCAGCGAGAAUGCGGUAAAUGGAAGAUUCAGUUCGGAGGAGCUCAAAUCGGCAGAACGCUCAUUGAUACGGAUGGUGCAAUGGCAGGCAUUUCCCGAUGAAAUGGCGAUAACAGCACGAAAUCAACAGAAAUCAGCUGAGCAGUGGGAACCUCUGGACAAGAGCAGCAGAAUUUACCAGUUGUCUCCGAUCGUGGAUGAUUAUGGGGUGCUCCGGAUCGGCGGACGCAUUGGGAAAGCCCCUAAUAUCGACCUAGAUGCGAAGUUUCCGGUCAUACUCCCACGAAAUCAUAGGUUUACCACACUAUUGGUGGACGACUACCACCGUAAGUUUCGUCAUGGUAACAACGAAACCGUGACAAAUGAAAUACACCAAAAGUAUUAUGUACCGAGAUUGAGAGUAGCAGUGAAGCAGCAAGUAACAGCUUGUCAAUGGUGCAAAAUAAAUAAGGUCAAGCCGCAAACUCCGCAGAUGGCUCCAUUACCGGCAGCACGCAUGGCCGCAUUCACUAAACCGUUCACUUAUGUGGGCCUCGAUUUCUUCGGACCGCUACUCGUGAAGAUCGGGAGAAGCAACGCAAAGCGUUGGAUCGCUGUGUUUACAUGCCUGACCAUUAGAGCCGUUCAUGUAGAAGUAGCGCAUAGCCUCAGCACCGACUCGUGCGUGAAGUGCGUACGGCGUUUCGUUUGUCGACGGGGUUCGCCGGCAGAGAUACACAGCGACAACGGCACCAACUUCCAGGGUGCUAGCCGACUGUUGAGGGAACAAAUGCAAGAAAUACAAGGAGAGCUUGCAGCAACCUUCACCAAUACGAGCACAAAAUGGUUAUUCAUACCACCCGCGACCCCUCACAUGGGUGGAUCGUGGGAAAGAAUGGUGCGCUCUAUCAAAACCGCGAUGGAGACGGCCUACAACAACUGUCGUAAGCUGGACGACGAAGCUUUGGAGACGUUAGUCGUAGAAGCGGAGGCGAUCGUAAACACUCGUCCCUUGACGUAUUUGCCAUUGACUUCCGAAGAAAGUGAAGCCAUUACUCCGAACCACUUUCUGUUGGGGAGCUCAAGCGGUGUUCGUCAACCAACGGUUGAACCAACGGAUUCAUCGGCAGCCUUGCGGACCUCCUGGAAUCAGAUUCAGUUUCAACUAGACGUCUUCUGGAAAAGGUGGACUCGGGAAUAUCUUCCGACCCUCACGAAGCGCACGAAGUGGUUCGGGGAUGUAAAGCCUGUCGCCGAAGGAGACUUGGUGUACAUCGUGGACGGAGACAGAAGAAACGGCUGGGAACGAGGUCGCGUGCAGUUAGUCAUCAAAGGAGCGGAUGGGAAGAUUCGUCAAGCGAUUGUACAAACUGCGAGGGGGGUUGUGCGUAGACCUGUCUCGAGGUUGGCUGUCUUGGAGGUGGAUCGUAAAACUGAACCUGGUGGCCAGUGUUACGGGGGGGAGGAUGUUGGAACUGGCAGCACGGACAAUGUUGGAACUGGCAGCACGGACAAUGUUGGAACUGGCAGCACGGACAUGGUCGGAACUGGGAGCACGGACAUACACGAGUAG